CCUUCCAGAGCUUUUCCGCCCGGAACUGCCGGAUUUCGGGUGGCUAGAAGCACGAAGUGUCUGCGGAAAUAGCAGGAUCAGAAUGAGCGCCACAGAGGACCUUCUGAAGAUCGACGAGGAAUUGUAUUCCCGCCAACUCUAUGUGCUUGGGCACGAGGCCAUGCAGAAGAUGGCUACAGCAACGGUGCUGGUUUCUGGAAUGACGGGGCUGGGGGUCGAGAUUGCCAAGAAUGUGAUUCUUGCAGGAGUGAAAUCUGUCACACUCCAUGACCAGGAUGAUGCUCAAUGGAGGGACCUGUCCUCACAGUUCUACCUGUCAGAGAAUAACGUGGGGCAAAACCGAGCUAAGGUUUCCCAGGAACAUCUCUCCACGUUAAAUGGCAAUGUUGAGGUGAUUCCCCACACCAGUGAAUUGACAGAGAACUUCUUGGCUACUUUCAAGGUUGUGGUCCUGACCAACUCAUCCUUGACGGAACAGCUGGAUAUCAGUGAUUUCUGCCAUGCCAACCAAAUUUGCUUUGUCCUAGCUAACACAAAGGGCCUGGCUGGACAGGUUUUCUGUGAUUUUGGAGAAAACUUUGUGGUGUAUGAUCCUUCAGAAGCUGACCCUGCAUCUGCUGCCAUUAAACACAUCACCUUGGGUAAUCCUGGUCUCUUGACUGUGGCCCAUGAUGAUGAGCAGGGACAUUUCUUUAUGGAUGGUGACUGGGUGACGUUCUCUGAGAUUGAGGGGAUGACACAACUGAAUGGUUCUAAGCCACGCCAGAUUUGUGUGAAAGGAAAAAACACCUUGGAAAUUGGAGACACCUCUUCAUUUUCCCCAUACCAACAUGGUGGGAUCAUCACUCAGGUCAAGAUGCCUCAGAAACACUCCUAUAAGUCUCUGCGAGCCUGCAUGGCUAAUCCGAAGAUCAACACCCAAGAUAGUAAGAAAAUGUUUCGUUAUCAUACCCUUCAUGCAGCCUUCCAGGCACUUCACACAUUCCAGAAUAAAUGUGGUCGACUCCCUAGCCCUCAGAAUCAGGAGGAUGCAGACAUGUUAGUAGAGCUGGUGAGGAUCCCAGCUAUGGAUCAGGAACAAGAGAAUCUGAUACGGAUGUUUGCGUAUGGAUGUAUGGGAGACCUGAGCCCUAUGAAUAGCUUUAUUGGAGGCCUUGCUGCCCAAGAAGUCCUAAAGGCUGUCUCGGAGAAAUUCACCCCUUUGGAUCAGUGGCUGUACUUUGAUGCUUAUGAAUGCCUGCCUGAGAGGGAUCAACUGACAGAGAAAAACUGUGCCCCAUGUGACAGUCGCUACGAUGGGCAGAUUGCUGUCUUUGGGGCUGACUUCCAAAAACGACUUGGGAAGCAGAAGUAUUUCCUGGUAGGCGCAGGGGCAAUUGGCUGUGAACUCUUGAAGAAUUUCGCAAUGAUUGGCUUGGCUGCUGGCGAGGGUGGGGAGAUCACUGUGACAGACAUGGACAUCAUUGAAAAAUCCAACCUGAACAGACAGUUCCUGUUUCGACCACAAGAUGUAUCUAAGCAGAAGUCAGAAGUGGCUGCAGCUGCCGUAAGACGUAUGAAUCCCAACAUCAAUGUAAUAGCUCAGCAAAAUCAGGUUGGGCCUGACACAGAACACUUCUAUGGGGAUGACUUCUUCCUGGGCUUGGAUGGUGUAGUCAGUGCCUUGGACAACUUUCAAGCCAGAAGCUAUGUCGGCGAAAGAUGUGUGUGCUACCUCAAGCCUUUGCUUGAUUCUGGGACUGAUGGCACCAUGGGAAAUGCCCUGGUCUUUGUGCCUUACCUGACAAAGACACAUGGGCAUAUUCAGGAUGGGGACAGUAGAGACUUCCCUCUCUGCACUCUGCGCUAUUUUCCCAGCAACAUCCAGCACACCAUUCAGUGGGCCCGAAAUCAAUUUGAGGGUCUUUUCAAAAGAAGAGCAGAGGACACUAACAGAUUUCUGAGGGAUCCCACCUUCUUUGAGAAAGAAGGCAUGGAAACUUGGGAGAUGCUGAAUCUAAUGAAGAUGAGUCUUAAGGAGCAGCCACACUGCUGGCGAGAUUGCGUGGCCUGGGCCCGGAAACUUUGGGAGCGUCUUUUCUGUCACGACAUCCUGCAGUUGCUAUACAACUAUCCACCUGAACAUGAGACAAGCUCUGGACUUCCUUUCUGGUCGGGAUCCAAGCGUUGCCCUCACCAACUCCAGUUUGACUACAAUAAUACCACCCACAAGAACUUCAUUGUGAGUGCCAGUCGUCUCUUUGCCAAGACACACAGGCUGCUUGUUCAUGAAGAUGAAGCUACUACUUCCCAAGUCCUCCUUGAGUUGCAUCUCCCACCCUUCCACCCACAUAAAGGGAUUCAUAUCCCUGCUACCGAUGAGGAGAUUCCAACAUUACCAAGUGCGUCUAAUCAGACAAGGCUGGUAGAACUGAAGCAAGAAUGGAGAAAGCUAAAAGAGGAGCUUGAAAAAGACAGUGACCUCGUAUCUGGUCAAAUGGAGCCACUUCACUUUGAGAAGGAUUAUGACUCAAAGUCUGAGCGACAAAUCAGACGGCUCCUGGUUUUGAACCUCACCUUUACUGAGAACUCAUUGGAUAGCCUGAAGUGGGCUGAGCAACUUCUUUUAGAUUGA